AUGAGUAGUUUGAAGUGUAAUACACUAGUAAGUAUGUUAAAGUUAGGCACUGUUAAUGAAAAAAAUUUGGGAGUUUUGGAAGUUCUAGUAAAACAUACUUUGCCCAUAACAUAUCCAACUUCAUUUUAUAAAGAGAUAUGCACAUCAGAGUCCAAAGUUUUCUUCAGCAAAAUCACAUAUUUUAGGGAUAUGCCAGUUGGAGCAAUCAAGGCAAGACUAAUACCCAAUAAGAAGAAUUCAAUUUUAUCUUCAGGAAUAUAUAUAGAAUUAAUUGUAGUUUUAAAGAAUUAUAGAAAGAAAGGUAUAGCAUCUACAAUGUUAAUGUUUAUAGAAGAGCAAGCGAAAAAACAUUAUCAGCACGAUAUAUAUGUGCAUGUAUCAAUUAAUAACAUACAUGCCAUUGAAUGGUACACUAAACAAGGGUUUAAAUUGGAUAGCACUCCACUAAAGAAUUACUAUCAAGAUUUAGACGAGAGUUCAAAAGAUGCAUAUGUCAUGAAAAAGGUAAUAUAA